AUAAAAAUACCAGCAGAAACGCGGUGCUAGCUAGUAAUUCUUUCACGGAGAACUGACUGAAAGCAGACCAGGGAGCGAAGGGAUCGACAGGGAGAGGAGGAGGAAACAAGCGACAGCAAUGGCGGGUGGCGAAGGAGACGUGAAGCUGCUGGGCCUGCGGCUGAGCCCGUUCGUGGCGCGCGUGCGCAUGGCGCUGGACACCAAGGGCGUGCGCUACGAGUACGUCGAGGAGGAUCUCGCCGCCAAGAGCAGCCUCCUCCUCGCGUCCAACCCGGUGCACCGGAAGGUCCCCGUGCUCAUCCACGCCGGCAGGCCCGUCUGCGAGUCGCUCGUCAUCCUGCACUACGUCGACGAGGCCUGGCCCGGCGCCCGCGAGCGCGCCGCCGCGCGGUUCUGGGCCGCCUACGUCGACGGCGAGCUGUUCCCGGCCUGGGGCCGCGUCAUGAUGGCGGCGACGGAGGAGGAGCGCGCGGAGCGGGCCGGCGAGGCGGCCGGCAUGGUGGCGCGCCUGGAGGAGGCCUUCGCCGGGUGCUCGGACGGCGGCGACGCCGUGGGGUACCUCGACCUCGUGCUCGGGAGCAACCUGUUCUGGUUCGAGGCGCCGCGGAGGUUGCUCGGCGUGAGGCUGAUCGACAAGGGGAGGACUCCGCUGCUGGCCGCGUGGGCGGUGCGGUUCGGUGAAGCCGCGGCGGCGAACGGGAUGGUGACGGACGCGCUCGUUGACAUGGCGGUGGAGCACGCCAAGAAGCUCCGGGCUGCUGCCAUGGCUGCCGGCAAGUGAGAGGGCAGGGGCUUGAGAGUUUAGAGCUAUACUGCUAUUGGUCAGAGGUAGUUGAGUGGGAUUUAGUUUUGUGUAAGAAAGAGAGCCAAUUAAUCAUGUUGCUGAGGUGUUCUAGUGCACUAAAAGCAUAAUUAGCACGCUUGAUAAUCAUAAAAAAUCUCAUCUCGAUAAAUGUACACAAUAUCAACACAGCAUGCAUAUAACUUGGAACAAAAUUUCAAAUUCAAAUAAGAUACGCACAUCACAAGACAAGAAAACAUCAUUUUGUACAUAGUUGCUAAAAUCUAAUAUUCACAACAUAUUUGAAUCCAAUACUAUCCACAUGAUUUAGCUUAACUUUUACU